AGCCCGUCUCUUUACUCUUAACUCUUCUUGUACCACUGUCCUCUUCCUCCAUCACCGAUACCUUUACCGCCGCCACGCCCUCCUCUAUCAUCCUCUCCUUCUCUCACUCUUCCAGUAGAACAUGCCACCGGAAACAUGCACAUCCUGCAAGGUCAAAGAUUCCAUCAUCUCGACGCUUUCGUGUGCCAUCUGAUCCAAAAGACUCAGAGACUUAGCUAGGAGUUUCGGGUCUGUGUUGUGCUAUGGCGAACAACGGGGAUACAGUGAUCAUGGCGGGGGCAAAGCUUUUGGAGAACAUGGUGGUGGUGGAUAGGAGAACGUGGUCGAUCCUGGAUUUCAUAGAGGAUGCAGAGACACGACACUUAGAUAAUCCAGCUGUGAAGAAGUGGUUUCAAGGAAUCAAAGAUCUAUGCUACGACAUGUUGGAUGUAUCCGAAGAACUACAAAUUCAGCGAGCAAAGAAAGUUCGGUUUCUAGGCCUCCGUCUUACACGCCGCAAGAUGAAAAACAUCAUUCAUGAAUUUGAUGCUUUAAUUCAACAAUUUGGCCAGUUGAGGCUUCGUCGAAGCUCAGAGUUACUCGUACCGACCACGAGUCUAGUACGUACUAUUCCAUCCCCAACUUUUGAUAACGAAACUACUAGAACUUUAAUUUCUAAAUUAAUCAACGUGGAAGAUGAUGAAGGAGAUGGUAUUCAAUGCAUAUCCAUUGUUGGAGUGGGAGGAAUAGGAAAAACUACGUUGGCUAAAUUUGUGUUCAACAAAGUGAGAACUCAUUAUCGUGUCGCGGUAUGGAUAUCUGUCAAUCAACAAUUCAAUGUGAAACGAAUUGCUGCGGAUAUUAUAUGUUUUUUUGGUAAUGAAGUGCUCAUCGAUGAAAUGGAAGUAUUAGAACUUGAAAUUCGUCGAAUCACUACCCAAUUGAGAUGCCUUUUUGUUCUGGACGACGUCUGGAGUGUGGAUCGAAAUGAAUGGUUGCACCUAAAGAGAUUGUUCAGUCACUGUGCCAAAGGAAGUAGAAUAUUGAUAACCACACGGUCGAAGAAAGUGGCAGAAGCAGCAGAAUCCGCACCAACCAACAUCGUGUCUUUGAAUCCUCUCUCAGAUGAAGAUUCUUUGUCACUUUUCAAACAUUUUGUACAAGGUGGCCAAGACAUUGGAAACGAGAAUGAGGAGAUGGAACUUAUUGGGAAUUCUGUUGGUGCCUAUACAGUGGAAUGGAUGCCGAUCUAUUCUGUAAUGCCUCCUGCUCUGAGACAAUGCUUGUUGUAUUGUUCCAUCAUCCCUAAGAAUCACUCCAUAGAUGUGGACAAACUUAUCAAACUCUGGAUGGCGCAGGGUUAUAUUUCAUCUGAUGAAGACGACAAAAUGGAAAAAGAAGGCAGGGAAUAUGUUCAACAAUUGCGACAUCAUUCUGUAUUCAGUGAGUUUAAACAGGAUGACGAUGGCAGCUUCAAGUGCAAAUUGGACGGUGGAGUCAGUGACUUUGUCCAAACUCUUGCAGAGAGUGAAUGCCACAUAAUGUUUCUUGAGGGUGGAGUAGAGAUGGAAGUUCCCAAAGAAAAACGUGUUGAAACAGAUCCCCGUCUUCGACGUCAUUGUACCCUGAGUCUUGUAGAUCAAACUUUACCGGAGUCAAUUGCCAAUGCAGAGAAACUACGUACUCUUAUCAUUUUGUCUGAUUCUUCCUACAUAGAUCCAUCCAAUCUUUCCAGCCUACUUUUCCGUAUGAAGAGGCUCAGAGCGUUAGAUAUGAGAUCUUGUUCAAUAAAAGAACUUCCACUGAAGGCAGCUGCAUUGCUUCAUCUAAGGUACCUUAAUUUAUCUUUCAAUCAUGAGUUGAAGAAGCUGCCUCAAUCAAUAUGUAAUUUGCUUAAUUUGCAAACUUUGAAUCUCAAUGGAUGUGAUAGUCUUCGAAAACUACCAAAAAGUAUAGGAAAAUUAAUCAAGUUGAGACAUCUUGAGAUUCUCUGGACAACAAGCCUUAGCUACCUACCAAAAGGGAUUGCAAGCUUAACCUUGCUGAGAACCUUAAAUCGAUUCUUCGGGACCAGUGGCAGUGCUAGCAGCAAAGAAUGCAGCCUUGGAGAUUUGGAAAAUCUAAACAAUAUCCAAGGGUGUAUUACCAUAGAUGGAUUGAGUGGUGAAAGUGAAAUUUCUGAAGCUACAAGAGCAGGUCUAAAGAACAAGAAAGAUUUGCUUGGCUUGGAAUUGUGGUUUUCUAACGCAGGAUCCAAGGACAAGGAUCAAAUCCUAUUGGAUAAUUUAGAAGCACCUCCUCAACUGCAAUUCCUUGGAGUAUUUUACUACGGAGGAAGAUCAUUCCCCAACUGGAUGAUUGAAUUGAAUGAACUAAAACAUCUAGUGCUUAUUAACUGUAGUGAAUGCAAUGUUUUGCCCCCUCUUGGGAAACUGCCAUGCCUUGAAUCACUCGAGAUCAAGAAUAUGCCCAAUGUGAAGAUGGUAGGUUUUGAAUUUCUGGGAAUAGGACUAAAUCAUGAGGAUGCUGGCAAUGAAGGUUCCUCGUCUAUGAUUGCAUUUCCCAGAUUGCAAAAGCUUCACUUCGUAAAGUUGGGUUACUGGGAAGAGUGGAAUGGAAUCAAUGGUAAUGGUGGAGAUGAUGAGAAGGUUAUGCCUCUAUUGUCUUCUUUGUCAGUUCUAAACUGUAAAGAGUUAAGAGCACUUCCUGACUACAUAAAGAAGAAGGAAAAUCUGAAACCUGUUAUUAGAGGAUGUCCUUUGUUACCAGGAAACACAGAGAAGCAAGAAUAGAUGAAGAAUAUGGAUCUCAAGAAACAAAGCAGAUUAAUAUGAAGGUCCAUUUUAAUGUUCCACUGGGCAGUCUCUGCCAAAUAUUGCUGAGCUGUGUGUGUUAAAUAUUUCUGCUCUAUAUCCAAAGGGUACUUAAGAAGUUGAAGAUUGCAUGUCUCUGGCAAACAUUUGAGUUUAGAUUUUAUGGUGUAAUAAUAAGUUAUGGCUCCUCAGAACGGCUAAUUUUUUUUAGUUAUGAAAGUUUAAAAUGUGUUAUGCUC